ACACUAUUUUAUUUAAUCAUCAUUUAACGCCUCGAAAAAGUUAUAAAACGGCUCAAAUGGGCCAACAUGGGCCUUGAGGACUUCAACUCUGACGCUGAACUCCACUUAACGGGCCACACACACUUCGUCUCCAAGCUUUCGACCAAAAGAGAUUGAGCGAUUCGCAGACUCGAGGACGCGACUGUGAGAGAGAGAGAGAGAGAGAAUGGUGUCGUCAUCAUCGAGAGGAGAGAUGGAGAAGAUGGGAAUCGAUCAGCUGAAGGCGUUAAAGGAGCAAGCAGAUCUGGAAGUGAAUCUCCUUCAAAAUAGUCUUAACAGCAUCCGUACAGCCACCGUCCGUCUUGAUGCUGCCGCCGCAGCUCUCAACGAUCUCUCUCUUCGACCUCAAGGUAAGAAGAUGCUUGUACCACUGACUGCUUCUCUAUACGUUCCUGGGACACUUGAUGAAGCUGAUAAGGUUUUGGUUGAUAUUGGCACUGGUUACUUCGUCGAGAAAACAAUGGAUGAUGGAAAAGAUUAUUGUCAGAGGAAGAUUCACUUGCUCAAAUCCAACUUUAACUAACUUUUUGAGCAGGAUUAUCAGUCGAUAUUCUGGAAAACCUCUUGCUGCAGCCAUUUCUUCUUGGUAAGUGUUUAUGUUUUGAAGCUGUGGAUUGACUCGGUAUUGUUGUAAAGCGUGGAGAGGUGCAAUGGAAAUGAGACAGUAUAUAUAGAGGUUUGACAGGUAUUAGGGUUUUGGGAUAGAUUACAUAGGAAAUCUUAAUUAGCACGGUUUGGAUAUCUAAGAAAAUAUGUAAAUCGGCAUAUACGGUGAACAAAUAAGGAUAAUAUCUUUUUGGUUAGAAGUAGUUGACAAAUAUUGAAUGUGGAGAGAAUAUUGAAUUGAUAUUCUUACCCUUUUUUAGGAAAACUAAAUGAUUUAUAAUGUAGUAAUAACUGUUGAAUAUACGCAAUAAUCAAUCAUAGUAAUUGUUAGGAUUUUGUUGUUUUGGAAAGUAUUAUUAGUAGGAUACAAUAUUAUUAACCCGAAAUUCUUGCCUUUUUUUUUGGAAAGUUUCAUUAUUUGGAUCCGUAAUCAAAACUUGCGGGUCAUUUAGUCGGGUCAAAAUCAAAAAUCCGGGUCAAAAUCUUAGUAAUUACCCGACCCGAUUUGGGUACCCCAAAAACUGCUGCAAAAAUGUAUA